AUGACAAAGGGGGGCUCCCCAAACGGUGACAUCGAAACGAUUGGGGAGUAUCCCCAGACGGACAACUCCAAUAAGUGUAAAUGUGCAUAUAAGAGAAGAGAACUGGAGAGUGGUCCAGAAACAGAAUGGGGAAACGAGCACGACAGGAGUUUAAAAAAAUUGAAUUCAAGUAAGGACAUUUCGGAGGAGACAAAGCCACCUGACCUUGUCAUAAAUUAUUAUUACGAAUGGGAGGAAAUUCCAAGAAUUAACAAACUGCCUUAUGGUUUAAUUGGUAAGGAAAAAAAUGCUCUCUGGAAAAGUUGCAUACAAAGUGCGGGUAGCCGAUUUGGAGGAAACCUUUGCAAUGAAGCAGAUCAGGGGGAGGAAGUUAGUGUGAAGAGUGAGGGCCUGGGAAUUACGGGCGAAUUGGGAUUGGCUGGUGGUGCGUCAGAUGCUGAGCCCAGCGAGGGAGGAGAGCACAGGGGGGAUGACUUCGUGGCGACCCUCAUAUACGAGGACAUAGUGGAGUACGUUCAGAAAAUUAAGAAGAGGGGGUCCAAGUUGAGGUGCGCCAUUGGGCACGUCCAGGAAAACACAGCAAACACGGCAAACACGGCAAACACGGCAAACACGACAAACACGACAAACACGGCAAACACGACAAACAUGGAAAACACAGAAAGCAAUACAGACAAGACCAACAAGACGAACGAAGCACACACGGAAGAAACCUUCCACGGUGUAAUCACCACGGAAACUCCCCGCCACAGUGUGGACCGACAGGAAGGAGAGGUCACCUGGGUUGAUGAUUUCAUCACCCUCACUAACAUACAGAUAUUGGCAAAGGAUACGAAAAUAUUUUCCGUAUGGGAAAAGUUGGAGGUUGUCCUUCCAUACAUAACAUCACAGUGUGGGAAUCCCCGAUCCUGUUUGUGUAAAAAAAGUUUUUUAACGAUGAAGCAUCUCUGUAUGAGCAUUAAGGGGGAUAAGUUAAAUGUGUGUCGAUAUUUCGUAAAGUCUUUCCCCCAUGUAAUUCGAAAGAUGGAUUCGAAAAACCACUUCUUGGACGAGUGUGCUUCUCAAGUGGUCGAUAAUUUUAUGAAAUAUAGCAGUGGAGUAAAUGACUAUGAAAUGCUUAGGGUGAUGUGCUCCUUUUCAGACAAUAAAAAUUCAUCCAUUAUAAAGAAGCUAGCUUUUUUUGUUUUUUUAUUUUUAAAAAAUUUGCCUAGAAAUGAGUUGGCCACUCUACCCGUUGGGGAAUUCGCACAGCCCUUCCUACAUUUUAUUAAUGCCAAAUUGGAGGAAACUAAAAAGUACAUGAAGCAGGCCUUGGCGCUCCUCUUGACAGUGCAUACUGAAGAUGAUUUAGUAUCUUUCCUUUUGGAUGGGGCCCCAAAGAAAGGAAGCGUAUCAUCCCUGGAGAGAGAGAUACGGGCCUUUCUGCGGAGUAGAAGCGCUCAUGACGCUUGCGAGCCUCUCAAGAAGAAGUAUGCCACGUUUCACCAGUUUAGGAAUUCCAGAUCGCUGAACAGGGUGCACAAGACAUCAUCCUUCGUUCUGUAG